ACAAACAAGAGCAAGCACGAAGAAAAGUCCUUUACGCUAAUUUGUCUCAAAGGUGUUGAGCAAUUGUGCCCUGUCCCUGGGCCUUUUGGGCCUUCACUUGGGACGUAAGGCGGCGCCAUGGCAAUCGGCGCAUUUCCAGCGUUCAAGCUCGGCGCCUUGUUCCUCAAACAACUGAGCAAGCCGCUUGCAAAUUUUGUCAAAGCACGCGCUAAAAAUUCUUAUUUCUUUCGCACCUACGUCUGCAUGCCUCCUGCGCAAUUUUACAACUGGUGCGAGGUUAAAGGAAAAAUGUGGAGCAUGAAUCUUGGAUCUUCUGGUGCUUCCGUGCCAAGGUUGAACGAGGCCAUGGCCAUCGAACUGGGCGCCAACCUCUUAGGCGAGACAGUUAUCUUCGUCACUGCAGCAGCUAUUCUAGUUUUUGAAUAUGCUCGUAGCAGCCGAAAAGACCAGGAGAAGGCGCAACGCUUAGAGGACAGACUGUCCCAGAUGCACCUGGAGAUCACAGACCUGUACUUCAUGACAGAACAGCAAAAAGCACAAAUUUCAGAGUUGCACAGGGCCCUGGCUGCGGCCCACUGCAACCCAAUUAGGCGAGCUCUGAUGCCAUUGCAUGAUUACCACGAACAAGGAGGCCAGACUGAACCUGAGCCACCGCCUGCCGGUCGGAUUGUGGCUGCUGUUUCCCAGAUUCAAAUUAAACUUGGACCGAAUCGGUGAUUUGUUUAAAAGCUCCUUAUGGCAAAUUAUUCUAAUCACACUCUCUGUACAGUAAAAAACAAUGUUAUUGUUGUAGCUCAAUUAAAUCAUGAUAAACCACUGUUAACAGUGA